AUGCAGCAACGCGAGAUCCUUUUGUUGAAGGGAGCGAGGGGGCUGCGGGCAGGUAAUAGUGAUUGGGGCAGUUUACCUGGGAGCGGUGUUGGCUCGUGGCCCGCCCGGGAGACUCUGAAUGGAGGCGGGGGUAUGGCGUGCUGUGUGGGGGCGCUGCUGACGGUGGCCUCGGAGAGGAAGGUCCAUGAGUCCCAGAGUCCACGAGUCCCAAAGCCCAGAGUCCACGAGUCCCAAACCCCAGAACCCUACGAAGUGCCCAAACCCACAGAAUCGCACGAGUCCCAAACCCCAGAAACCUCAGCGGAGUGCGCCCUAAACCGCCAAGAACCCACGAGUCCCAAACCCCGAGGGCCAGAACCGCAGACGAGUCCCGCAAAACUCAGAGUCCACGGAUCCACCAAACCUCCAGAAACCGCACGAAAGUUCCAAGAAACCCCAGAAUAA